AUGUUCCGCCGACUUGCUCGCAGGACGGUGAAGCUCGGCGCCCUGGGCGCCACUGCGUUCGCCGGUGUCAAGAUUGGACACAUGUGGAUCAACGACGACCUGGAUGACAUAAAGUACGAGGUGGAUCGAGUCUUUUACCACUUUGCCAAAAAGGAGCAGGAGCGUCGGAAAGUGGUGGUCUUGGGCUCCGGCUGGGGCGCUCUGUCCUUUGUGAGGAAGCUCGAUCCCUCGCAGUUCGAUGUGACCGUGGUCUCCCCUCGGCCUUUCUUCUUCUAUACACCACUGCUGGUCGGCAGCACCACGGGUGUCGUCUCGCCGGGUGCCAUCAUCGAGCCGAUCCGCGACAACGUCCCCAACUGCGACUUCUUGCGAGUGCACUGCAAGGACGUAGACUUAGAUCAGAAGAAGGUGCACUGCGACACCGGCCUCACCUUGGACUACGAUCACCUAGUGGUCGCCGUUGGUGCCCAGCCCAACACGUUCGGCAUCCCUGGCGUCGACAAGUACGGCAGGUUUCUGAAAGAAAUCGAGCACGGGCGAGCACUGCGAAAGGAGAUGUUGGACAUCAUUGAACAGGCCGAGGUCGCCAACGCCUCCGGGGAUUUGUCCACCGUGAAGAGACUCUUGAACUUCGUUGUCGUCGGUGGAGGACCGACAGGUGUCGAAUUUUGCGGUGAGCUCUCGGACUUCAUCAAGCAGGAUUUGAAGCGUCGGUAUCCCAAGAUCGCAGAUCACUUCCAGGUCACGCUUGUGGAGGCCCUCCCAGGCCUCCUGACCAUGUUCCACAAGUCUGUUGGCAGCUAUGUCCAAGACCACCUUGCCAGCCAGGGCGUGGACGUGAAGUUGAAUGCCAUGGUCAAAGAGGUGGAGCCGGAGAAGGUCCACUUAAAGACCAAGGAAGGUGUCAUCGACAUGGACUACGGCAUCCUCGUGUGGGUGGCAGGUGUCGGCAUGAGGCCCUUCACCCGGUCAGUCUGCGAGAAGAUUGGCAAGGAGAAUGGACAGACAGAUCGGCGUGGGUUGUUGGUGGACGAGUGCUUGCGAGUCAAGGGCACGAAGCUCGGUGAGGUUUUCGCGAUUGGUGACUGUGCCGUCAGUGGAAAGCCACCAACUGCGCAGGUGGCAUAUCAGCAGGGCAAGUACCUGGGGCGCAUGUUCCGCUUGGGCAAGGAGCAUCUCAUCUCCGACCCAGAAGCGGCGCCUUUCAAAUACUGUCAUCAGGGCACAAUGGCCUACAUUGGCGACUCUCAGGGUGCGGCAGAGAUUGACCCGAACGCUUUCAUCAAGCUGGGUCGCUCCUCUGUCACGGACCAUAUGUGGUGGCGAUCCCUCUAUGGUGACACGGACCAACUGAGAGUCAUGGGACCCGCCGGAUUCGCGAUUUGGCGGUCGACCUACUUCAGCAAGCUUUUCUCCAGCCGAAAUCGCUGGUCUGUCGCAAGCGACUGGCUGCGCACUGGCAUGUUCGGGCGGCCGGCAUCGUCAUCUGCGCAGGGCACCACCUCCACGGUUUGA